AUAUCAUGGAUGCUAUGAUGCACUAUCAUACCCAUUGUUCUUUCCCAAAGGUGAACUUGGAUGGCAUGCAAAUAUUCCGAAGUCCAAUGUUUCCAUGGAUGAAGUAGAGGCGUAUCGUGACCAACACAGGACAAGGGAUGCAAAUGAUGACGAUACAUGUUAGUUGUUUCUUUGUGAGUCUUAUAUAAUCCUUUGUUAAGUAUGUUUUUAGCAAAACUAAUUACUACAACUUGCAUCUUGCAGAACGACCCAGCCAUCUAUGUGUGUCUGUUCGUGACUAUUACUGCUACAGAUUCCAAAUUCGCCCAGGUAUAUUCAAUCCAAUACUUCAUGGGAAGCGUCUUUUCCAACAGUUCGUUGUCGGCAGCUACAUCAAGGUUGAGAGCUCUCGUUUGGAUUUCAUACGUAGAAACCAAGACAGAUUAAGGGCAGAUCUAUACAAGGGUUUGGUAGAUAGCUUGCAUGAAGGCGAGAACAGAGCAGACAAAAUUGGAAAGUGAACUGUGUUGUCUACAUCAUUUAUCGGUGGUCCUCAUGACAUGAGACACCGGUAUAUGGAUGCUAUGGCCCUUGUGCGGAAGUUUGGGAAACCAGACAUAUUCCUUACUAUGACGUGCAACCCCAAUUGGGAUGAAAUAACAAGGGAGCUUCAUCCUAUGCAGUCGCCACAGGAUCGUCCAGACCUUGUUGUUCGCAUAUUCCGUGCGAAACUAGAGGAAUUGAAGAAGAGAUUGACUAAGCAACAUAUUCUUGGAAAGAUCCGUGCUUAUGUCUAUGUCAUGGAGUUCCAGAAGCGAGGUUUGCCCCAUGCCCAUUUUCUACUCAUCAUGCAGAGAAAGUACAAGCUAACAUGUCCUGAGCAGUAUGAUCUACUGAUCUCCGCUGAGAUCCCUGAUAAGAAGAAGUACCCGCAGCUGUACAAGAUGGUUAUCAAGCAUAUGAUGCAUGGACCGUGUGGGUUGUUAAAUCCUAAAUGCCCAUGCACUAAGGGUCGUGCUUCAUGCAAACACCAUUAUCCUAGAGCUUUUAGCAAUGCAACGUCUCAAGGAAAGGAUUCAUAUCCUAUUUAUAGGCGUCGUGAUGAUGGACGUAAGGAAACGGUUCAAUGUUGUGAAUUGGACAACAGACGGGUCAUCCCUUACAACCCUUACCUCCUCCGGCUCUUCAACUGUCACAUCAAUGUUGAGGCGUGCGGGAGCAUCAAGGCUGUCAAAUACUUGUUCAAAUACAUAUACAAAGGCCAUGAUCGUGCGUCUGUGGCUGUGACAGAUGCAAACAAGGCUAAUGGUGACGUUGAUGAGAUCAAGCAGUAUAGAGAUGCUAGGUGGGUGACCCCUCCAGAAGCCCUCUGGAGGAUAUUCAGCUUUGAUCUAAGUCAAAACUCUCCACCAGUGAUGCAACUGCAGCUCCAUCUUGAAAACAUGCACAUGGUGUCAUUUCACGAGCGUGCUAAAGUAAAUCAUGUUGUCCAACGUCCAGGUGCCGAUAGGUCAAUGCUUACGGCAUAUUUUGAGGCAAAUAGGCUACACGAGGAGGCUCGGGGCAUCCUUUACCGUGAUUUUCCUGAGUGGUACACUUUGCAACAGGGAAAAGUGUGGCAAAGGAGGAAACGAAACACGGGUGGACAGGUUGGUAGAAUAGUCUCUGCUCAUCCAGCUGAGGGGCAGCGCUUUUAUCUUCGACUUCUCUUAAACCAUGUGACGGGUGCUACCUCCUAUGUGGAUCUAAGGACAGUAGAUGGUGACACACUACCAUCUUUUCGUGAGGCAGCACAAAGGAGGGGAUUGCUUGAAGCAGACAACACAAUAGAUGAGUGUCUCAAUGAAGCCGCUAUUUACCAAAUGCCAUCAGCACUACGAAGGUUGUUUGCAACAAUACUAGUAUACUGCGAGCCGAACGAUGUGGCAGAAUUAUGGCAGAGACACCUUGACUCAAUGUCAGAGGACUAUCACCGUAGUACUCAAAGCAAAACCCAUGUGCAGCAGAUGGUCUUGAUUGACAUUAGAAACAUUUUGCAGUCAAUGGGUAAAGACAUAAAUACAUUCCCUCUCCCUGCUAUCAUCGACAUAUAUGACGAUUCACAUGGUACUGGUAGAGAGAUUUACGAGGAGGAAUGUAUCGAGCCGAUGACAGAAGACGUUGCUAUGAAAGAAACCCUAAACGAGGAGCAGAGGUCUGCCUAUGAUAAGAUCUUAUCUGUCGUUGACACCAAUAACGGUGGAGUGUUCUUUGUGGAUGGGCCUGGUGGGACUGGAAAGACCUAUCUGUAUAAGGCACUGCUUGCGGCACUAUGCAGUCAGGACAAGAUUGCAGUUGCAACAGCUACAUCUGGUGUUGCAGCUUCCAUAUUGCCUGGGGGGAGGACUGCCCAUUCGCGUUUCAAUAUACCACUUACUAUUGAUGAUGGUGUUGUAUGUAGCUUCACAAAACAAAGCGGGACAACAAAGUUGCUACAAAAAGCAUCGCUCAUUAUCUGGGACGAGGCAUCAAUGACUAAGAGACAAGCAAUUGAGGCGCUAGACAAUAGCAUGCGUGAUAUAAUGGGACGGCCUCGGCUGCCCUUUGGUGGGAAGACUGUUGUGUUCGGGGGUGAUUUCAGACAAGUACUCCCUGUUGUGCGCAAGGGGUCAAGGGCUCAGAUAGUUGCUGCCUCUCUACGGAGUUCUUACCUCUGGGAAUCCAUGUGCCACCUAAAGCUUGUUCAAAACAUGAGGGCACAGAGUGACCCAUGGUUUGCAGAAUAUUUGUUGCGUGUCGGUGGGGGAACUGAGGAAGCGAACAACGAUGGUGAUGUUCGUCUUCCAGAUGAGGUAUGUGUGCCAUAUACUGGUAAUGACCGCGACCUUGAUAGACUGAUAGAUGACAUUUACCCCAAUCUAAAUGAAAAUAUGUCUAACACAAGCUACAUCACUUCAAGAGCAAUAUUGUCUACACGGAAUGAUUGGGUGGAUAUGAUAAAUAUGAGGAUGAUCGAUCGUUUCCAAGGGGAGCAGAUGAUGUACCAUAGUUUUGACACCGCGGUGGAUGAUCCUAAUAACUAUUACCCAUCAGAGUUUCUAAACACGCUGACUCCUAAUGGACUACCCCCGCAUGUUCUAAAGCUCAAAGUUGGAUGCCCAAUCAUGUUGCUUAGGAAUAUAGACCCUGCUAAUGGACUUUGCAAUGGCACGAGGUUGGUGGUUCGUGGUUUCCAAAAAACAGUAUUGAUGCUGAAAUUGUCCUUGGCCAGCAUGCUGGAAUGCGAAUUUUCUUGCCUCGUAUACCCCUGUGCCCCUCUGAUGAUGAGAUGUUCCCUUUCCAGUUUAAAAGGAAUCAGUUUCUGAUAAGACCAAGUUUUGCCAUGACGGUUAACAAGGCCCAAGGCCAGACGAUUCCUAAUGUUGGUGUGUACUUGCCGGAACCAGUGUUCUCUCAUGGCCAGCUUUAUGUUGCUCUAUCAAGGGCCACCGCUCGAUCGAAAGUGAAGAUACUUGCCAUUCCAGUCACCGAUGAGAAGAAAAAGAAGAAGGGGGUUGAAAGGAAUUCAGCGAUAAAUGGCGCAACAUCCACAAAGAAUAUCGUUUAUAAGGAGGUCCUUACGUCGUAGCUGACAUUGACGAAUGCAUGGCAAUUAACAACUUGUAAUGCACUUAAUUAUUUUGGUUUUUAGGUGAAGAUGUAUUUUUGCCUUUUAUUUAUCUAUUUUGGCUCCUUUUUUAGCUUCCUAUUGUUUAGUGGUCAUUUGGUUGAUACAACAAAGAAAGCAGAUGAGCAUUGAAUAGAUGUUAUCGGUCUCUUUUCAUUAUGUUUCAUGUAUUGUUUAGUAAAUAGUCUUGGGUCUUUGGACCCAAAUUAACUAGAUAUAGAAAACUGCAUUUCACUUAAAUAGAAGAACAAUGUUCAGUAUGCAAAUCUCGUUUAUAAGGAGGUCCUUACCCCCGCACGUUCUGAAGAUAUGGAGGGACAUCACGACUCCAGGUUAGUUUUUUACUACUGCUAAUUAAGAUGCUAAAAUUGUAAUGUUGCUUAUGAUAUACACUAGAGAUGCUUAAUUCGGUAGGAUAUCUCUCAUUUUUGUAAUAAUGCUAGAUUUAUUUUUGUAAUAUCUGCGCCCGUCCCACCGCAAGGGGGUAAGCCAACUUCCAGCUUUUUUAGGGUCAUCAUGUUGAUAUCGCGGCUGUUAGUACUUGUUGGAUUAGGUGUUAGUUUUGACCAUAGCCAAGCUUUUGAUUCAUCAUAAUCUGAUCCCAUUACCAAUUUCUCUUCCUAUGUGUACAGGUUCACCCUUCAACCAAUGCUCCUGGAAAUGGUCUAAACUUCCAUUUUGGACAUUUGUAGCGGUUGGGCAAUAUAUGUAGUUAUCACAGGAAUUCUCCCUGCAAGAUGAUUUCCAUGAUAUACCAUCAUCCAUGUCACCGGAUUCAGUGAAGCAGGGACAUUUUGAUCCUUCUAUCUUCACCUCGAUUUCAUUAUUGAGCGCUGAAUCAGCUUUCUCCAGUAAUUCAGCAAUAAACUUCUCUUUAAACAAGCACUUCAGUUCAAGGAGAGCUCCCACAACCACCAAAUGCAUUUGGUGGGCAAGCAAGGGUUGAUGGACGCUUUGUUACUGUUACUGUUCCGCGCGCAGAAAAAAAUUCAAUCGUGGCUUCCUGAAAAGGUUAUGUACCGACCAGCAUUCCAGCAAUUUAUGAACUAUUCGUCACCACAUGGUGGUGAUCCUAAUGCAAACAUGAACUCAACUGCAACACGAAUAGCAGCUGAUCUUGAUACACAUCAAGAUUUUGAGCCAAAGAGCAGAAGUUCAGACAUGCCUUUGCAUGCCGCUAUUACUCAGGAUAUCAAGGAGAACCCAGUCUUGAUCUACAUGAAGGGUUUUCCUGAGUCUCCAAUGUGUGGCUUCAGUGCACUGGCUGUUAAGGUCUUUCAGCAAUAUGGCGUCCCUACCUGUGGUAGAGACAUUCUUGGGGAUCUCAAGCUCAAAGAGAGUGUUAAAGCCCACACGUAAGUGGCUUUGUAGACCUCCUGGAUGAUGUAUUUUUAAUUUUUAGACAGUAAGUGGCAACACACUUGUGUCUCAAAAUUGAAAAUGGUCCAUGGUAAGGUAGAUUAUCGAAAUUUUGCAUGAUGUUACGAGGAAGGGGAAUGAUAUUCAAGUUUGCCUUCAA